AUGUUUAAAUCUAUUUUUAUUUUGACUGCUCUGUACCUCACAGCCAAAUGUGAAAUAAUAUCGACAUAUCCGGUUGCUGAAAAUAUAGAAUCAUCAAUUUUCAAUGAAGCCGUUAUGUCUGUUAAACAAUUUUUUGAUGAACUAACUCAUGCACAAGUGACACGUGUAGAACGGAAACCAUUGGAAAAUAAAUGGACAAAUUAUAAAUUAAAUUUUGAAGGUUUGUUAUACAAUCGUACAAAGAUAACAUGCCAGAUCAGUAUUAAUCAUACAACGGCUGAUCCACAGCCUAAGGAACGUUAUUCAAUGAUAAAAUGCGAUGCGAAUGAUAAAUUGUACUUUUAUGAAGAUGUGAAACUUGAUGACGAAGAAACGGCAGCAUUUAUGGAUGUUCUUAACUCGGACUUCAAUGCUAUUGCUUCACACACGAUUAAUCCAAAAUUACUACGUGUGCAGUUGAAGAAACAGGAACCGAUAUUUGCAAACAAGAAUGGGUUUAAUCUCAGAAUUUAUUGGAGUGGUUCAAAAAGCAAUGUGUAA